GGGAGUGCGACAACGCAGCCUGCUCUUGAAUAUAAUUAAAUUAAAAAAAAGUAAUAGCAAGAAUAAACAAAUAGAGAAUCUUCGAUAAGAAGAUGCCAAGUCUGGUGUUCUUGUGUUUAAUUGCUGGCAAUAUAGCACUUGCAUACGCUUCGAAAGACAGCUCGGAAGAGACGCAACACUUGAAUCCGGCGGACUUUAGCAAGUGUCUGGAUUAUUGCCACCUGAAGAACGUACGCUUCCUCCUCUGUAUUGGCGAAGAUGGCAAGCUGGAGAAGAGUCCUCUUAAGGACUGCACUGAAGGAGACUGCAAGGCCGAGGAUUUCCAAAUUAAAUAUGAAACCAAAGACGGCUAUGAAUAUCGGAAAAAUCGCGUCGAGGCAACCAAAGUAGGAAAACGAGCUCAUUUGCGGGAUCUUUGUCUGGAUGAAAGAAAUGUACCGCGAAGGCGCAGGUGUCAGAUCCGAAACGGGACAAAAACCUGGCAGAGUUUCGAAAAUGUAACCUGUAGAAUGGCUCCACAACUAAGCACAAAUCUGGAUACUCUGGCAGUAAAAAAUUCAUCGGAUUUAAGCCAACUAAGCGACUUGAUAACUCACUCGAAGGAGCCGCUAAACGCCGCGGAUAUCGUCAGCAUUUCAGAGAUUUUCAGUUCUCAAGCCAAGAAAUCCGUAAAGAAGGUGGAUGACAUUGAGGAUUUGAUGAAUAUUUGUCAACAGGUAAUGUCCACUGAUAGUGAAACCCUACGCCUGGCAGCGGAGCAGAAUGCCACCAACGCAUUGUUGAGCAAUUUCGAGGAAUAUCUAGAUGCUCUGGCCCCGCAGCUUUUACCUGGAGAUGGGACAACCAGCUUACAGAUUUCCCGAGAUCAUAUUCAAGUCGAAACACAACCUAUUCUCGACAAAGGAGUUGUGCUUUUGAGAACCAAAGAGCUGAGCGUUUUCUUUGUGGAUCCCUCCAUAGCCAAUGUGACGGGCAUUGCCAUCUUUCCCGAGGGGUUGACAUCACAAUUUAGAAUUCUGCAAUCAUCGGAGAAUCUGGAAGAUAUUCGUGCCAUUGAAAACCUGGAGAGUGCGGCAAUUCUACCCGAAAAACUAUGGCGGGAUGUGAAGGAAAGGGGAGCCCGUUACCUUAUCUUCAAAGUCUACGCUCGCGAUGCCCUGUUUGUGGAGACGGCGGAGGAACUGAAACGAAGGCCAACCAGCAAUGUUAUCUCAAUAACGAUACCGGGACUAGACGAUCACAACCUACCUGGCAAACUCCCGUUUUUUCUGCGUAAUGGCGACACGAAUAAAUCUCAUGCCCAAGGAGGCUGUGGCUACUGGAACUAUGAGACCUGGCUAAGCGAUGGAAUCUCCACCAGUGGCAAUGACAGCGAAAUCCAAUUAGAUAACUUAUCGCAUCCUGUGAUCCUUUGUCAUGCGAGUCACCUGACCCAGUUUACUUUUCUGCUGGGAGUCAGAAGGCCACCUGAAUUGAUUACCGAACUCACCAGCGGGGAGGAAUUGCCUUUGGAUAUCAUAACAAAUGUGGGAUUGUCGCUAUCGCUGAUGGGACUCUUGGCCAUUUUUGUGACAGCGGCACUGUUCCAGCGUUUCCGGAACUUGGCCUCUACGAAGAUCCUGCUGAAUCUGUGCGUGGCUCUGGGACUUCAGCUCUCACUGUUCCUGGUGCUGAGCGAAGGUGACUUGCUAACACAGCUGAGCAGUACUGACUUCGAUCGGUGUCUGGUGACGGGAGCCCUGAUGCAGUACCUGCUCCUGGUGGUUUUCAGUUGGAUGUUCAUCAUUGGCUGGCUGCAGUACAAGCGAUAUGUGAAGGUGAUCGGGGUCAAGCAUCCGAAGCAUUAUAUACUGAUGUCUGCUCUGGUGGCCUGGACACUGCCGCUGAUACCCACGCUCCUGGUGGUUUUCCUGGACUCUGCCUCCUACAGACCCAGUGGUAAUGCCACCACAGAAGAUAUACCGAUCCUAUGCUAUCCCUCGGGAUAUGGUCUGGGACUGGGAGUGAUCCUGCCCAUUGGCCUUAUUACCCUUUUCAAUGUCGUGAUGCUGGGAUACAUCAAUUGGAGUGUUCACAGAGCACUCUUCACUCAGAAUCUCAUCUUGAAGCAACUGCAUCUCUCCGUGCUGCUCUUCUUUCUCCUGGGAGUCACCUGGAUCUUUGGAUUGUGCGCAUUUUUUGAUUUCGGAAAAGCAUUCUCGUAUCUCUUUUGCAUCACGGCCACAAUGCAGGGAUUCGUUCUAUUCCUCUACUUUGUGGUCUUCAACAAGGAUAAUCGGAAAUCCUGGCUGGGAUUGUGUCGACUCCGACGCCCGAAACAUGGCCAUGAAAUGAUGGGUAUGGAAAUGGGUACCGAAUCUAAUUUUAAGAACUCAUCGAGAACUCAUAGUACAAGUAACUAAGUGUGCACAGUUUAGAGAUUAUAUAUAUGUAUUCGAAUUACUUAAA